GAGUGAUUAUGAGAGCUGCAUGGGGAUAGAGCAUUCGGUGAAGACUGUGAAAGAUGGAUAACUUUCUAAGAGGGUGCAUUCCUUCAGCUCACCUUCCCAUUCACAACCCUGUUGUUCCAAACCCUGUUCUGUAGAUGAAUCUUCUUCUCCAUAUUGGAAAAAGGCCAUUCUGUAGUUGCUCACAACUAUAAGACACUUGUUGCCACAAUAAAAAGGCCAGGAAAAUGCUCAGUACAUUUAAACAGAUAUUUGCCUUAAAGCAAGUAGCACCAUCCCCAGAGAGGAGGGGGUCAGGGAGGAGUCUAUGGGAGUUGGUGCUGCCCUUUAAAAAAGAAGGAAAGGAGAGGGUUAGUGGGAAAAGGCAAAACAACCCUGGCCACUUUAUCACGUGGGACAGUCUUGGAAAUUAUGACGGGAUUAUAAAAAAUGUCUUUAGGACCUUUAUUCAUUAUUGCAGGACUGUCUUUCGGUUUUGUUUGUUUGGUGGUUUAUGCUUUAGUUCAGUGUCUGCAGGUACAACUGCAGGUUCAAGUGCUGCCAGUGGCAGCAAUAGAAGACUUCAGCAGACACAGCAUCAAGUAGAUGAGGUGGUGGACAUAAUGAGAGUCAAUGUGGAUAAGGUGUUAGAGAGAGACCAGAAGCUCUCCGAAUUAGAUGACCGUGCAGACGCACUGCAGGCGGGAGCUUCUCAAUUUGAAACAAGUGCUGCCAAGUUGAAGAGAAAGUACUGGUGGAAGAACUGCAAGAUGUGGGCCAUAGGCAUUAGCGUUCUGGUGAUCUUCAUCAUCAUCAUCAUCGUGUGGUGUGUCACUUCAUGAAGAGCCCGUGACAGAGCCUGCUACUCCGGAAACCUCUUUGACUUUUGACUUAGCACCUGCUACAUCACCAAGCUUACCUACUGUUAUUUCUAAAAUGAUUAUUUUUGUUAGUUCAUAUACAGUUCAGUUUCUAAGAAAUGUGCCUUUGUUUUUAAUAUGCACUCCAAACUCAAGGUGUGGCCAGCCCUGCCACAUUUUGCACAGUGCCUUUACAGAUUUACAUAUGGGCUGGGAGAGACUUCUUGAGCUCCAGAGUGCUGUCAUCUAGACAUGUCACUGAUUACCUGCUGUUGAUUCCAGUUAAGGGAAUUUGGUCCAAAUUUAGCUGUCCUGGUCUUUGAUAUAUCUUCAGAACUACAUUUUUAAACCUUUGGGUAAUCAGAUUUCCAACUUGUGCCUUCCAGAAAAAAACACUACUGCCUGACACAAAUCUGUGACGAUAACAGGCUAUGCCUUAUUUUGAUACUUUCCUUUUUGUAAGCACUACUGACUCUCACUGUAUUUAAACUGAGACACUGGUAAAUAGAUUUUGCUUUUACAUUAGAUAUGAAUGUUUAUCUUAUGUAUCACUUGCUAAAAUUUUGUUUUAAUCAGAAUAACUCCUAUAAAGUUUUAUAGAACUAUGACUAUGACCAAAGUUUCUGUUUUGCCACAAGUUAAAUACAAAGGUCCUUAACUGUCCCUGACAGAUAAAUUCAGAAAAGUGCCGAAUGGAAUUCACAGUGCCCGUCAGAAAAAUGCUAAAACCGUGUGCAAAACUUUUGCAUCUUGAUACACUUCCUUGCCUGUGAAAUGGUAUAGAUGAUGAGGCGCCUAUCUGACUCGGCGUUUUUCACAGGGGUUAGAGGUUUGAGCUAGCCGCUCACCAUCUCACACACCUGAAAACAGCUUACAGACCAUCAGCUGGGGACACCAGUGCCUUUCUAGUGAUUAUGUGAGCAAGUUUUUUGGCCCUCAAGUAAAACCAACUGAGAACUUGAUUACUUUCUGACCCAACCCCACAGACCAGAGCUUUCUGAAGUUUGUUUCCUAUUUUUUAUUCAUAGUCCACGUCCUAAAAUCAGCCUUCUAAAUUAUGCUUGUGAUGAGGCAUUGGCUGGGGCAGGUGACUCUUGCUGCUUUGGAAAACUGUUGUCAUCUGAGAGACUUCUGUUGUGUACAUGAGACUUUUUAGCAUCAGUGUAUGUGGCUUAAAGGUGGGAGCUCAGGUAUGAAUGAAAACAGACUAGAGGCACUGAGGAAGAAGCACACAAACUUUACUGCUCUGUAGACCAACAUUACUAGAAUGUUCUAAAAUUCUUGUUCACCUGCAAACCAGCAAUAGCCAAGGAGCCUAGGACAUGGUUCCAUUUCUUUAGCAUCUGUUCCCUUGACAUCACUGAAAUGAUUUAGUGUUGAAGGCAUGCCUUGCAGCAGGCCUAGCUGAGAGGAGGCAGCUGUCUGGACAUAGCUUACCCUCAGUACGGAGUCUCUAGCAGGGUCUGACUCUGAAACCUUGGUGCUCUCUCUCCUUGGCCGCCAUACUCCCAAGUCCCUGUAACCCACUGGCUCCUGCAUUAACCCAGGAAUACCUCGCUUGUGUUUGUACAUUCAGCUGGGAACUUGCCAGCUAUAAUGACCUGAAUAAAGUGUUUAUAAACGUGA